UGUGACGUAUUAUUAUUCAACUCGUCCUAUCAAUUAUCACGCAGAUUUUUGUGUUCACCGUCGACUUUACCGACCAAAACCAAUAUGACUGAAACUGCAGCACCCGCUCCUGCUACCCCUAAGGUGAAGAAAGCUGCCAAAGCUAAGAAACCUUCAACUCACCCGGGUUACAGCGAAAUGGUUAAACAAGCUAUUACAAGUUUGGGCGAUAAGAACGGUUCCUCUCGUCAGGCCAUUGUCAAAUACGUUCUGAAGAAUUUCAAACUGUCGGCUAAUGAGAAAGCUGCGACUAUCCAGACUAAGAUGGCUUUGAAGAGAGGUGUUGCUAGUGGAUUUUUGAAACAAUCGAAAGGAACUGGAGCUUCAGGGUCAUUUAAAAUCGGUGCUAAGAAAGAGGGGAAAAAAGUGAAAGCCAAGAAAUCCACAAAACCCAAAGUCAAACCAAAAGCUGCCAAGAAGCCAGCAAAGAAGCCUGCCGGCAAAAGCAAGAAAGUGAAGAAACCUCGGACUGCCAAACCUCAAAAGAGCAAGUCUCCGAAGAAAGCUGCUGCCAAGAAAGUUACUAAACCAAAGAAGGUUACCAAACCCAAAAAGACUAAAAGUUCUAAAAAGGCCGCUAAGAAGUAAAAACUUUAUCAACAAAAUCAUGCUCAUUACAUCCACCCCCAUUUCAAUAUUUAUUAAGAGACAAUGUAAAUAUUAAUGUACAGACAUUUUAAGGAGGGUUUUCCUCCUGCAUUCUAUGGUAAUUUCAUCCCGCAAUUAAGUCCUUGAUUUGUAUUAUUCACAUCGGGGUCUUCGACCACGACAUCAUUCUGUAAAUAUAAUCAUAUAAAAUGUUUUCUUUUUUAUCU